AUGUUCCGUGAAGAAACGAACCGACUGCUCUAUGAGUAUGACGCUGAGCAACUCUGGAUCGAAGCCUGGGGUCCGAAUGCGUUCCGGAUCAGAGCCACGAAAUGUGCGACUAUGCCGACCGAAGACUGGGCACUCGAUGGGCAACAGCAAUCCGUGAUUCACGCGGAUAUCUCCAUCUCCUCAACCUCUGCGACGAUCACCAACGGCAAGAUCCGGGCUGUCAUUACCAAGUUUGGCAAGCUGACAAUCUCCAAUUCACAAGGCAGUGUACUGCUCGAGGAGUACACGCGUACCCGUCGCGAUAUCCUCGAUUCCAAGUGCAGUGCGAUCGAAAUUGAGGCCCGGGAGUUUAAACCGAUCCUUGGCGGUGAUUACCACUUGACCACGCGGUUCGAAAGCGUUGAUCCGAAUGAGAAGAUAUUCGGCAUGGGCCAAUACCAAAUGCCGUUCCUAGAUCUGAAGGGUAUGGAUCUGGAGCUAGCACAUCGGAACUCCCAAGCUAGUUGUCCCUUUGCUCUUUCGUCUCUGGGGUAUGGCUUUCUAUGGAACAACCCUGCGAUCGGGCGGGCAGUAUUAGGAAGGAAUACAAUGAGCUUCGAGGCGUACUCAACAAAGGCGAUGGACUACUGGGUCGUGGCGGGAGAUUCACCCGCAGAAAUUGAGGAGUUGUAUGCCAACGUCACCGGGAAAGUCCCUAUGAUGCCGGAAUAUGGCUUGGGUUUCUGGCAGUGUAAGCUACGCUAUCAGACCCAGGAAGAGCUUCUAGGUGUUGCGAGAGAAUAUAAGAGCCGGGGUUUACCGAUCGACCUUAUUGUGAUUGACUUUUUCCACUGGCCUAAGCAAGGGGAAUGGAAAUUUGACCCUGUCUACUGGCCAGAUCCAGGUACGUAUAUGGAAGAUGGCAAUUAUGGAAGCGAGCUGACUGAGGGUUUUCAAAUAGCUGCUAUGGUUCAAGAAUUGCGCGAGAUGAAUAUCGAGCUGAUGGUAUCCAUCUGGCCUACUGUGGAUAAGAAGUCGGAGAACUUUGAGGAGAUGCGCGAAAAUGGCCUUCUCAUCCGUGUGGACCGUGGCGUCCGGACUUGCCUAGAUGUCGAGGGAGAAACUAUCCACUUUGACGCUACAAACCCUAAAGCCAGAGAGUAUGUUUGGAAGAAGGUUCGCGACAACUACUACGCCAAAUACGGGAUCAAAGUGUUUUGGCUUGAUGAAGCCGAGCCCGAAUAUGCGGCAUACGAUUUCGACAUCUACCGGUACCACCUCGGAUCAAACAUGGCGAUCGGAAAUAUUUAUCCACGGGAUUAUACGCGGGCCUUUUACGAAGGAAUGACCCGCGAAGGACAAGAAAAUGUCGUCAAUCUAGUACGAUGCGCCUGGGCUGGCAGCCAGAAGUACGGAGCACUGGUCUGGAGCGGUGACAUCGCGUCCUCGUGGAGCAGCUUUCGAAACCAGCUGGCUGCGGGCCUUAACAUGGGCAUCGCCGGGUUCCCCUGGUGGACCACAGACAUUGGUGGUUUUCAUGGCGGGGACCCCAAUGAUCCACAGUUCCGCGAAUUGUUUGUACGCUGGUUCCAGUGGGGAGCCUUCUGCCCCGUCAUGCGCUUGCACGGCGAUCGCGAGCCCCGGCAGGCUCAACAUGGCACAACGGGAGGUGCAACGUGUUGUAGCGGCGCAGCCAACGAGGUAUGGUCCUAUGGACCAAAAGUGUAUGACGUUUGCAAGAAGUACAUGGAAAUUCGCGAGGAGUUGCGGCCAUACACGCGACAUCUGAUGCGAGAGGCUGCGGACAAAGGUGCCCCAGUGAUGCGGACUCUUUUUUAUGAGUUUCCGGAGGACAAAACAUGUUGGGACUUGAGCAAUCAGUACAUGUUUGGCCACCAGUUCAUGUGCUGCCCGGUGCUCAGCGCUGGCAUGGAAAGAAUGACUGUCUAUCUCCCGCGUCUGCCUACGAAAGGGAAGUGGAGGGCAUUCCACGGAGAGGACACCUGGGAGGGAGGCCAGUGGAUUGAGGUCGACUGCCCAAUAGACACGAUGCCUGUUUUUGUGAAGGAAUGGGCAAAAUUGUGA